GACGUAAAAGCCGUCGAAACCCAGCUAGAAGAAUACGCAACACAGUGUCUCAAAGAUAUAUCGGAUCAUUUCCUACAACUACACAGUUUUUUACAAAAUGAGGAACAUCGUAUUUUAGAAGAAUUCCAUAGUCAAUGUUUAAAACCGCAACAGACAAUACGCGAUUCAUUUUCAAAACUAGGCGAAUCUCAAAGUAUUUUAAAUAAAAUGCGCUCCGAAUUAGAGCUAUAUCAGCACAAAGUACCCACGGAUAUACAUCUACGUAAUAUUUUCGAAAUUUACAAUUCCCAAUUGGAACAAAUAGAAUGUCGAGCACAAAUAUCGAAAGUUACAAAAAAUCCUUUUAUCUUUGAGGUGAAAUACGAUUUUCGCAAAGAUUUUUCCAAGUCUUUCAUUUACGAUUACAACGAUCCACAGCUUAAAAUACGGCUAGCUUCCGUAUAUAGUGACUUGAAUCAAACUUUCCGCGAUAUAAAAUCAGAUUCAAGCGAUGAAAUGGAUGUAGACUGUUACAUUGAAAAGCACAAGCGCAAAAAUAAUGAACGAAAUAAAAAGAAAAAGCUGGCACUACGACGCAAUGACAAUGAAGAUGAAGGAUCCAAUACAUCGGACACUGAAGCAAAACUGCCGUUAUUGCGCGACAAGGAAUUGGUGCGAAUUAGCCAUGUAAAAUCGCCCGAACAUUUCUUUGUACAAACUAAGAAUGCGAUAAGCGUAAUACGUGAACUCUCUAAUAAGUACGUGAAUUUCAUGCAAACCGAUGUUAUACCUAAGCUAAUCGCUGAGGGUCAAUGUUAUAUGAUAUACCAUGCCGAUGAUAAGCAAUGGUAUCGUGCUAUGGUGAAGAAGGCACUAUCGCAAGAUCUAUAUAGAGUGUUCUUAGUCGAUAUAGGUUUCCAUGUAGAGAUGCCGAAAGAUAGAUUCUGUGAAAUCGAUACAAAAUCUCUUAGCAUUCCCUUUGGCGCUAUCCGUUGCGCCAUUCAUGAUAUAAUGCCUGCCGGAAAGACAUGGAAUGAGGAGGCUAAUAAUUUACUAAUCGAAAUCACACGUAAUCAUUUCGUACGCAUCAGUAUUAUCCAGCGCAUCAAGGAGAAUGUGCUCUCAGUGGAUCUAAUUACAACUUCAUCUGAAGAAGCCAUUUCGGUGCGAGAUUCUUUUUUAUACACGGGCCUGGCGCGGGAGAUGUCAGGUACAGCGGACAUGCCGUCACCACUUAAGAAAAUAUCUCCCGUGGCGCGUACAAAUCAAAGAUUGCCAAAAUAUAAUUUUCAUAAUGGGGAUAUUUUGUCCGUAAAAGUGACGCAUAUCGAAAGUCCACAUUUGUUCUACGUUAUAAAGACGGAUGCCAUUGAAGCAGCAACGAUUCUAAAUUCCGAUUUGAAUUAUAAAUACCUUCACUUAAAAAUGCCUUUACAACCUCUUUUUGUGGCUCCAUUACAAAUGGGUUGCGCUGUGCGCAUCGAUGGCGUUUGGCACCGCGCACGCAUUGAGGAAAUACUUAUUCGCAUUAACUAUUUGUAUAACUUUUCUUCACAGUUCCAAUUCAAACAUUUCAAACCUGAACCCCCCGAUCAUGAUGACGACAUCAAAGAGGAAAUAAACGCUUUCGAUGAGGAUGAUGGUGACAAUGAUGAUACGGUCAAUGAUUGCCUCGAUCAGCUCUUAUACAAUUUGGACCACGAUAAUAUUCACUCAGAUAGUGAUGCUAGCGCUAAUGACGAAUUAAAUAAUGCCCUUUCACCGAUGCAGGCAGCGCAGGCCGCACAAUUGGCAAUGAAACAGCAACAAUACCCACAUCAACAAACAUUUGUACCGCCUUGUAAGAAACGCAUGUUCGACUCCAACGAAUACAAGCAAUUGCAUAAACAAAUGCUACAUGAAAAUUUGUAUGGCAGUGAGAAUUUCAUACAAAACGAAUUAGCAGCAAUAAUGCAAAGUGACAAUGAUGUUGGAGAUGUUGGGGCUGGCGCUACGGGUUGGGGCCUUGGCGAUGAUGAUGAUGAUGCAGCCAUUGUAGAAUUGGAACAAAGUUUCGCUCUGAACUAUUGGCAUAAUACAGACGAUGAAGUUGAACGUGAAAAGGCUAAAGAGAAAAUAAGAGAAAAGGAAAUGGCAAAGGAGCAGCAGCGAACACGGGAUAAGGUAAAAGGAAGAGAAAUGGAAAUACUUGACAGCGCCAGCUUUGCUCUACGUCCACGGCAAAAUUUGGAUACUUCCGCUUUCGACAAAUUCUAUCCGAAUGAAACUUCAUCGGUAUUCUCGCACUUUAGUGGCAUAGAAAGUUUCAAAAAUCCCCAACUGCCGGUCGGUAAACGCACCUUCGAAUGUAGUGUCGCCUGCAUCGUUACACCAACAAUUGUACAAAUCCUGCCACAUCUCACCGAAUUUGAAUAUCGUGAAUUGGAACUGGAACGACGUAUCAAACAUCUGGUGAAGUCAGCACCUUACCUCACCGAUUUUGAACCACGUACAAUUUGCCUCGCCGUUUACCACAAGGAUAGAAAGUGGUAUCGCGCACUCAUACGCUCGCAUAAUCCAGUCGCAAAGCAAGUGGAUGUACUCUAUGUCGACUACUUAAAUACCGCAUCGGUGUUGACCACAAAUCUGAGGCAAUGCCCGCUCGAAUUGAUAAGCUGGCCGCUGCGUACAAUACGUGCACGUCUACAUGGAUUGGUGCCAAAUCCGCGUUUACGUGAAAAGGACAUACGUCAGGCAUUGCAAGAUGUGUUGCUUAAGCGCACACUGAUCGCUCGCAUCGUAAAAGAUCCCAAAUGUUUGGAAAGUAGUGCUGUAUUCAAUAUGAGUGAUUUAAUGGGCCCAGAAGAUAUCGAUGUGGCUGGUGCAGCAACUGGUGGCGCCGGCGCGCAUCAGCAAGAUUCCACCGGUAUUAUGGAAGUACAUUUAUACGGUGGUGAUAAUAAAAGUCCAAAAAACGCUCGCGUUUAUGAAAUGCUCAUUCAGGAAAGCUUUUACUCUUAUAAAAGCACGUAGAUCUGAGCUUUCGUCAAACUGACCGUGUUUUCAUAACUCACGCAAAUAUUAUAACCCAUUCGACAUUUUGAAGUGAACUACUUAGAACUUGAUUAUUUCAUUCAUUCAUUCAUUCAUAUGUAUACACUCAUAUAAGCAUAGUUUGAAUUACACUAUUAUUUUUAUUGGUUUUGUUGCGACUACCGCCUGGAGGUAAAUUGCGGAAAAUUAUUCAACAUUCCCUUAAUAAUUCUUUAUUUUUUUAUUUUUACUGGAAUUGAGGUGUAUUGCUUAGGUUUUUUUUACAUACAAAUUAUUAAAUAAAGCUUUGAAUAUUUGACAUUGUUUAAAAUAGUUUAUUUUAUUUAAAAGUGGCUGCGUUAGGGCCAAACUUCAAUUUUGGAACUAUUUAAAUUAGAAAUCAUAUGUAAUUCCCACUGUGUUGUAAUCAAUGAAUAUUUUUCUCUGAAGUUCAAACACAUCUUAACUUAACAAGAACCUGAACAGAAAUUUGUAAUGGAAAUCCAAAAAUUAGCAAUGCCAGCUUAGAGUUGAGAAUGAUGUUUUUGGUAUUGUUCCUCUGUCUAGGAUAUCAGCCUGGGGUGCAGUUACGCGUUUUUAAUGACAUAUAUAAAAGGUCUUUGAAUUUCGAAUGCAUCUUCAGCUUCACUUCA